GAAAAAGUUAUCACAAAUUCCAUUGACUGGCUUUGCAAAGCAAUCGAAAUUUAAUUUUGGGCUUGGACUCUUUAGUUCGUCAUGGAAAGUAUUUGUAGAUUAUGUUUCCAACCGGCUGCGUUGUUUCAAGUUCCCGGCUAUAAUAUACCCACCUGUGUGAAGUGUUCGGAACAUUUGACAAAUAGCGGUAAUGGUUUUUAUCAAUCUGUAGCUGCCUCCGCUGCAUCCGGACAACCGGCUUUGUCUGCAACAGCCGCUGCCGCCGCCGUCGCCGCUGUGGUUAACAGUACCACCAACUCCUCGAACGCAUUGAAUCAACAGCAAAUGCCUCAGCAAUUACAACAGCAACAGCAGAAUCAACAACAAACGCAACAGCAACAACAACAACAGCAGACCCAGCAGCAGCAACAACAACAGCAACAACACCAGCAACUGCAAAAUUCCACAAAUUCAACAAAUAGUCUACAGUCGCAGGACGAUUCAGAAGAUCAGACAGUUCAGCAACAGCAACAGCAACCAACGCGCCGUCCACGUAACGGUGUUAAAAAUAAAUUACAACAAAUCACCAUGUCCUCCUAUGAAUUGGAGAAGACCAUACAACAUUUAGAUGUGGACCUAAUAUUUAACGAAGAAGGCUCGUGCCCGUUGUGUAAUAAGACAUUUUCAAGGAAGUCUUCGUUGAUAACACACAUACGCAAUCAUGCGGCCGAAAGGAAAUUUGUUUGUAAUUAUUGUAAUAAAGGUUUUACGCAAGCGGCCAAUUUACGGAACCAUGAACGCAUUCACACCAAUGAUCGGCCCUAUGUGUGUGUGGAUUGUGGCAAAACAUUUACACAGAUUACCAACCUCAACAAUCACCGGCGCUUGCACACGGGCGAAAGACCUUUUGUAUGCAUUGAACCGGAGUGUGGACGCUCCUUUGCCCAGGUCACUAAUCUCAACAAUCACAUGAAAACCCACCACAAAGUCCAGCAAUAUUGUUGCAAUCAAUGUCCGAAGAAAUUCACCCAGGUCACCUCUCUAAAUCAACAUUUGCAAGCGCAUGCGGGCAUCACCGGCUACUAUUGUCCCCGUUGUCCGGAGAAAACAUUCAAACAGCAAUCACAACUGCACACGCACAUGAAAACCCAUGGCCUGCAAUAUCCAUUCGAGUGUACGAAAUGCGAUGAGAAAUUCUUGCAACAGACCCAUUUGGAGACCCACCUGAAGAUGCACGAAGAAUUCAAAUAUAAAUGCAAUAUAUGUCCGAGUUCGUUUAAUCAGGAAUCACUGCUGAAGAAGCAUGAACAACGUCAUUUAGAGGGCAGGUACCUCACUUGCCCUGUGGCCAGUUGUAAUGAGGCCUUUGCUGUUCGCCAACAUCUCUCGAAACAUUUGUUAAAUAGUCAUUCACACACAGAAUUACCGCCUCCAAAACGAUCCAAGAAAUGUAUAACACUACAACCGCCUCAGCAACCCUUGGCCAUGGUGGGCCAACCAUUGUCGCUGCAACACGCUCCCCAACGUGGUCGCCCUCCCAAAAAUAAAUCAAAGGCCAAUGCAUUGAAUAUACCAUCGUUGAUCAAAGUCGAUAUAAAUGAUGUUCUGCCUUAUAAUCAAAGUGUUUUGAGCAAUGUCAGUGGUUUGUCAAUACCCCAACAGAUCAAUCAGCACCUGCAACAGCAACAACAGGCCCAACAGCAAGCUCAGCAACAACUACUGCAACAACAGCAGCAACAAUUGGAUCAACAACAGCAGCUGUUGCUGGGCAAUCAAGUGAAAGUUCGCUACAUACCCAAUACACAAAUCAAAUAAAAUUCCUUC